GCUCCUGUCACUGCUCCUGUCUGUGUCCUCUCACCACACUCAGCUCUCUGUUGCAGUGCUCUGUGAGUUUUACCCCAGGAUCUUUACAAUCUGCCCUUUACCCAGACUGCACCAUGACGGACGCAACCACCAACAUGCGGCUGAAGCUGCCCUCCACCUGCCUCAUCCUGGAGAUCAUCCUGAUGAUCCUGUUUGGGACCCUGGUGCAGUAUGACCACGAGACAGACGCUAAAGAGUGGCACGAGCAUCUGCACAACGGAUCCAGCAACGGACACAAUGAUUUCUACUACCGCUACCCCAGUUUCCAGGACGUGCACGUGAUGAUCUUCAUUGGCUUCGGGUUCCUCAUGACGUUCCUGCAGCGUUACGGCUUCAGCAGUGUGGGUUUUAACUUCCUGAUCGCCGCCUUCUCUCUGCAGUGGGCCACGCUCAUGCAGGGAUUCUUCCAUGGCAUGCACGGAGGAAAGAUCCAUAUCGGAGUCGAGAGUAUGAUCAACGCAGACUUCUGCACUGGCUCUGUGCUCAUCUCCUUUGGGGCGGUCCUGGGGAAGACCAGCCCAGUGCAGCUCCUCGUCAUGGCAUUGUUUGAGGUCACUCUCUUCGCCGUCAAUGAGUUCGUCCUGCUCACUGCUUUGGGGGCCAAGGAUGCAGGUGGCUCCAUGACCAUCCACACAUUCGGAGCGUACUUUGGCCUGGUGGUGACCCGAGUGCUGUACAGACCAAACCUGGAGAAAAGCAAACACAAGAACUGCUCUGUCUACCACUCCGACCUCUUCGCUAUGAUCGGAACCAUCUACCUGUGGAUGUUCUGGCCCAGCUUCAACUCUGCCAUCACGGCCCACGGAGACGACCAGCACCGCACGGCUCUCAACACCUACUACUCCCUGGCGGCGUGUACUCUGUCCAGCUACGCUCUGUCCUCUCUGACCGCUCACGACGGAAAACUGGACAUGGUGCACAUCCAGAACGCGGCGCUGGCAGGUGGCGUGGCGGCGGGCACAGCAGGGGAGAUGAUGCUCACUCCGGUCGGCUCCAUGAUCGUGGGCUUCCUCGCUGGAAUCAUCUCUGUGCUCGGAUUCAAGUACCUCUCUCCCAUCCUGGAGUCGAAGCUGAAGAUCCAGGACACGUGCGGGGUCCAUAACCUCCACGGCAUGCCCGGAGUGCUGGGAGCCAUCGUGGGGGCGGUCACUGCUGCCGUGGCAACCGACGACGUCUACGGAGAGGGAAUGGAGGACGUGUUUCCACAGAUCGCUAAUGGAGACUUCACAGCCUCGGUUCAGGGAGUGAGACAGGCCAUCUCCCUCGCUGUGACCCUGGGCAUCGCUCUGCUCGGAGGACUCAUCGUCGGUUUCAUUUUGAAGUUGCCAAUCUAUGGAGCUCCAUCUGAUGCCAUUUGCUACGAGGAUAGCAUCUACUGGGAGAUGCCAGGAGAAGAGCCCCACCACGACAACCAGCUGACCGCAGUGAGGACGGAAGAGGGAGAGAAACUGAACGGCUAGAAAGAGAGGAAGAGGAGAGGAGGAGAGGUAAAGGGAGAGGAGGAAGAGGGAAGGAGUAGGAGAAGGAGAAAGACAGAGCAGAGGGUGAGAGGAUGAAGAUGAGAGCAAGAUGAGAGUAGAGAGGGAGGUGGGAGGAGGAAGAGGAGAAAAGCGAGAGGAGGUAAAAAGAAAGAGAGGGGAGUACCUAUAUUGAGGUCGGAACAUUCCAUCUGUGAACACGUAUAUGACCAAAUGCCUCAAAAUGAUUUCUUGUAUCUAAAAAAAGAAAGACAGAAAAAAAGAAAGUUAAAAUAUGUUUCAAAAUCUGCCCAAAUUGUAUGUACUUCCAUUACAUUCACAUUUUAAAUAAGCGCCUGUCUAAAUAUACCACAUAAAUAAGAUAGAAAAUUUAAGAUUUUAGAACACAGUUAUCAAAUUUUAUUCAUUUUUGUUUUUUUUUUUUUUUUUUUCUAUUAUUGUAAAAAGCUAAAAAAAAACGUGUGUAAAUUUUAACCUAAAUAUUGUUGUGUGGAUCAAACAUGGUAAAACGCUAACAAUUUUUUAAAGACAUUAUAAUAUUUUAGCAAUUUUUUCUACUAUGGUAAAAAAACAAAAACGUGUAUUUGCUUAUUUUUAACGAGUAAUGAACAUUUUACUGCUGUCCCUCUCCUCACCACUAGAGGGGAGUAUAGAGCUGUUAUGCUGAGACAAUGGUGCUUCCUGUUCUGAGUCUGUUACAAAAUGAACACAUUUUUAAACCAAAGACAAAACCCCCAGGCCCCGCUACUUUACAAUGAGAUCGCCUUUAUAGUUUAAAAUUUACAAAAAUACGUUUGUUUGUAUAAAAUUUGACUCUUUCUCAUUUAUAUUUAGCUAUACAUUUGAAGAAUGUAUACCAGUCUGGAUUUUUGGCAUUUUCUUGAAGCUCAAUGUAUUGGUUGUUUUUUAGUAAAAUAAAAUGUUCAGUUCA